AUGUCUCUCUCCAGCAAGCUGUCUAUAACUGACGUUGACGUGCAGGACAAGAGGGUCCUGAUCCGUGUCGACUUCAACGUUCCCCUUGACGAGAACAAGAAUAUUACCAACAAUCAGCGUAUUGUCGGUGCCCUCCCCACCAUAAAGUACGCCCUUGAGAAUGGCGCCAAGACGGUGAUCCUCAUGUCCCACCUCGGCCGGCCCAACGGUGCCCCCAACGCCAAGUACACUCUCAAGUCCGUCGUUCCCGAGCUCGAGAAGCUCCUCGGAAAGCCUGUCACCUUCGCCCCCGACUGUGUCGGCCCUGAGGUUGAGGAGAUUGUCUCCAAGACUACCGGUGGCGGUAUCGUUCUGCUCGAGAACCUCCGCUUUCACAUCGAGGAAGAGGGCUCUUCCAAGGACAAGGAGGGCAAGAAGGUCAAGGCCGACAAGGCCAAGGUCGAGGAGUUCCGCAAGGGUCUCACUGCCCUGGGCGAUGUCUACAUCAACGAUGCCUUUGGCACUGCUCACCGCGCCCACUCUUCCAUGGUCGGUGUCGACCUCCCCCAGAAGGCUGCCGGGUUCCUCAUGAAGAAGGAGCUCGACUACUUUGCUCAGGCCCUCGAGGCUCCUAAGCGUCCCUUCCUCGCCAUCCUGGGUGGUGCCAAGGUCUCGGACAAGAUUCAGCUCAUUGACAAUCUCCUGGACAAGGUCAACACUCUCAUCAUCUGCGGUGGAAUGGCCUUCACCUUCAAGAAAACUCUCUACAACAUCCCCAUCGGUACCUCGCUGUUUGACGAGGCCGGCUCUAAGACGGUCGCCUCCCUGAUGGAGAAGGCCAAGGCCAAGGGUGUCAAGGUCGUCCUGCCCGUUGACUUCAUCACUGCCGACAAGUUCGACAAGGAUGCCAACACUGGAAAGGCCUCCGACGCCGAGGGUAUCCCCGAGGGCUGGAUGGGUCUCGACUGUGGCGAGGAGUCGAUCAAGCUCUACAAGGAGGCUAUUGCCGACGCCAAGACCAUCCUCUGGAACGGCCCCGCUGGUGUCUUUGAGUUUGAGAAGUUUGCCCACGGCACCAAGGCUACCCUCGACGCCGUCGUCGACGGUGCCCAGAAUGCCGGAAAGAUUGUCAUCAUUGGUGGUGGUGACACUGCCACCGUCGCCGCCAAGUACGGCGUCGAGGACAAGCUAAGCCACGUAUCUACCGGUGGUGGUGCCUCUCUCGAGCUUCUCGAGGGCAAGGAGCUACCCGGUGUCACUGCACUGUCGAGUAAGUAA